AAAAUCAUUCAUGACACAUCAGCUAUAAACACCAAAAUGGAAAAAUUUGCUAUUAAAUAAUUAAAUUAAACUCAUUUCUGAAUGUCUACUAUCAACAAUGGCAUAUAGUUUAAAAAACUAUAUACCGACAAGUAAAUAAAUAAAACAUAGAAGUGUAUAAAUGUAUAUUUAUCUAAAUUCAUAAUGUGGGUUUAUGGAUAUGGGUCUUUAGUUUGGAAAGUAGAUUUCGACUAUGAAUAUAAACUUGUAGGUUAUAUAAAAGGUUACCUGAGAAGAUUCUACCAGCAUAGUAUUGACCAUAGAGGAAUACCCGAAAAGCCAGGAAGAGUAGUGACAUUAAUACCAAGUGAAGAUCCAAACAGCACAGUGUGGGGAGUAGCAUACAAAAUUAGACCUCAAGAUAUUGAUAGUGUAACAAAACAUCUAGAUUUUAGAGAGAAAAAUGGAUAUUCUAAGAAAACUGUCACAUUCCACCCGAAAAACAAGAAUGUUGAACCAUUUUUGUUAACUUUAUAUGUAGCAACCAAAGAAAAUGAAUCUUACGCAGGUGCUGCAUCUGUAGAUACAAUAGCAAAACAAGUAAUCAAUUGUGUUGGACCGAGUGGAUCUAACAAGGAAUAUGUGUACAAUUUAGCAAAUGCUAUGCGAGAAAUAGCUCCCAAUGUUGAAGAUGAACAUUUGUUUGCCCUUGAAGCAGCUUUGCAAAAACUAGAUACGGAUUUUAAAUCAAUUUAGUUUAAUAUAUAAAUUAUACACAUUAAAAGUAUUGAAAACUUGUA